ACUAAAUUUUGAGGUUGACGUGUAGUUUUGACAGUUGACAUGUUUUGAACAAAAAUAUAUAUUUGUUGCAAUGAUGCAGUGAUAAUUUAGCAGUUUAAUUUCUAAUAUUAUUAAUUAUCUCUUAAUUUUUAUUAUUUGGAACAAUGGCUUCGAUUACUGAAGGCGAUAUCGAAUUACUGAAAAACGAAAUUGAACGACUUUCAAGAGAACUUGACCAAGCUAGUAGUGAGAACAGACAAUCUGCUCAGUACGGCCUUGUGCUUUUGGAAGAAAAGACCGAAUUGCAAAGACGAUGUGAGGAUUUAGAAAUAAUCUACGAAAAUACUAAACAUGAACUGAAAGUUACACAGGAAGCCUUGGCAAAAUUCCAAUCUAGUCAUAAAGUCACAACUAAAACUGGAAUAGAAACCGAAGAAUCCCUACUAUCUGAGUCUGCUGCGCGAGAAACAUCACUAAAUUCCCAAAUAAUCGAAUUGGAAAACGAGAUCAAACAACUGCGUCAUGAGUUGGACCGCGUCACCACCGAAAGAGACCGUAUGCUUCAGGAGAACACAGAUAUGGGAAAAGACAAAGAAGAUAGAAGCAUGGAAUGCAAGAAACUACGAACCGAACUUCGCGAAAUUAAAUUUCGGGAGAAUCGUUUGAUCAAUGAUUAUGCCGAAUUAGAAGAAGAGAACAUUGCCUUACAAAAACAAGUUUCAGCUUUAAAAAGUUCGCAAGUCGAGUUUGAAAGUCUAAAACAUGAAAUCCGAAGAUUACACGAAGAAAUGGAACUGUUGAAUCUCCAAGUAGAAGAGUUGACGAAUUUAAAGAAAAUCGCGGAGAAACACAUGGAAGAAGCUUUGGAGUCGCUGCAAGCAGAACGUGAGGCCAAAUAUGCGUUAAAGAAAGAGCUGGAUCAACAUAUUAACAGAGAUACAUUUUAUAAUAUUAAUAAUUUGGCGUACAGUAUUCGAGGAAUGAGCGAUGAGCCAACGCUGGGGAGUGACGGAGAGGACGACAUUCCGGGUUUGAAGCGCCUUGAAGCAACCCUAGGGACAGGCAGCGCCUCAGAAUUAGCCUCGCCGGAUGACAAACAAGUCGAUUUGUUCUCAGAAGUCCAUUUGAACGAGCUUAGAAAAUUGGAGAAACAGUUGGAACAAUUGGAAAAGGAAAAAUUAACUUUGACGCAAAACUUGAGAGACAACCAGGCAAUGGUAGAGAAGAGUCAAGGCGAACUACAAGUUUUCAUUGCAAGACUGACACAGCUGGCAGCUCAUGUAGAUUCUUUGCAACAUUUGUCGCAGAAUGUGGACAAAAAUGUAUCCCAACCGGCACAAGAGGCCGGGAAAAUUCUAAAUCAGUAUCAACAGUGGUUCAAAAUGUCCUGUAAAGAAAUAGAACAGCUGAAACAAGAUAUUCGCGAAUUGGAAAAGUUGACGAAUAUUUCAGACGCCACAUUGCAAUUACGGACCGAAAUUACGAAUUUGAAGAAUAAAUUAUCAGACACGGAACAGAGGAGUAUGGAUUUAGAAGCCGACUUGAAAUUGUUAAGGGAGUUUGCUAGUGAAGCUGGAACUUCACUGGAUGAAACUCAGAAUAAUUUACAAACUGUGACUGAUGAACUUGCUCAGUUGUAUCAUCACGUAUGCACCGUUAAUGGGGAAACACCCACAAGAGUGGUUUUGGAUCACGAAAAGGAAGGAAUGACACCUAUGUCCGAAACAGCGCCACCUAUUGGUGAAAUGUCAAAAAUCGAAUUGUUGCGAAGUCGCCUUAAAAGCGAUAUUCCUUUGCAUGAUCUUGAAGUUUUAAAUGACGCGGCUGUUGUAGCCCGAAAUGUUUGUACAAUUGUGGACCAAAUAAAACAUCUCAGAAGCGCCAUUGAAAAUACAAUUGAAUUAUCGAAAACGAAGAGGGAAAAAUCGAAUGGGUUGUAUGAAUCAAGCAAAGAUGAAAAUAGUGAAGAGAUCGCCGAAUUGCAAGAGCAAGUUAUAAGAUUGAAGAGUUUGUUGUCGACCAAACGCGAACAGAUUGCCACAUUACGAACCGUCCUAAAAUCAAAUAAAAAUACUGCCGAAGUGGCACUGACGAACCUCAAGGCAAAGUACGAAAACGAAAAGACUAUUGUAUCCGAGACAAUGAUGAAACUCAGAAACGAAUUGAGAUUGUUGAAGGAGGACGCAGCGACUUUUUCAAGUUUGCGUGCGAUGUUCGCUGCUCGUUGCGAAGAGUAUGUGACGCAAGUUGAUGAGCUUCAGCAGCAGUUGAGUGCAGCAGAAGAGGAGAAGAAGACUUUGAAUCAACUGUUGAGAUUAGCCGUUCAACAAAAGUUGGGUCUGACUCAGCGACUUGAAGAGUUAGAAGUAGAUAGAGAAAUAAGGAACGCACGUAAGCCUAACAAUCGCAAUUUUCAGCGCCCUGGGCGGUCAAAUAGAGACAUGUUCUAGCGCAGGUCAAAACCUGUGGUUUACGCGAUUGCAUUUAUCACCACAUUCUUUAAACUCUAAAAUUUUUUAUCACUAACUUAAUAUAAUUUAAUCGGCUAUAACGUAACGAAGUGUUGUAAAGCAGUUCACAAAAAAUGAAAGUAUUUUAUCAUUUAACGAAAUGUGAGGUAUAAUAGUGCAUUUACGUGUUUGGUUUGGUGACUUUUAUAUUUUAUGUAUACUCAGACUAAUUUAUUUUAAUUUAGGACUCUUGUAUUGGCUAGUACUAAUUUUUGUUUUAGUAAAAUGGCCAAUUAGCUGCCAAAAAUUUUUUUCGUAAUUCAGAUUUAGUUCAUAGAUUACGUUUCAAGUAGCAUUUUUAAGGUGUAUCUCUUGAUUAAUAGUGGAAUAUUAUGAAAGUAGAAUAGCCUAUAAUUGAAUUUAAUUAUGAAAUGAUAUAUGUAUUGGUAUUGACCCAUAUUUUGUGUGAUGUAUAGAUUUUAAUCAUGUUUAGUUAUUUAUUUAGUAUACUUAGUCCUACAAGGGAUUCAUGCAAUAUACGUUAGUUAGUCAUUCUUUGGUGGUGUGAACUAAAAUUAAUAUAAUAAUGAAUUUAAUGCUGUCAUGGGAGAAAUUGUUAGUCUUCAAGGCUGCUCACGGAGGAUUUCAACUGAAUUCGGCGGUACUAUCAGCCAAGGGCAUUUGUGCUGCACUGUGGUCUGAAGAAAGAUUAAAAAUUGCGUACAUUUAUUUUCUAACUGUGGUACUAAAAUCUAAUUGUUACGGUUUAUAAAAAAAUAGUUAAAACUUGUUAAGACGUAGGCUAAGAAUAAUAUUGUGAAAUAACGGCAAAUAGCCGUUAUUCAAAUAGUAAAUAUGAUAUCACAAUUCGUCUUUUCCGUUGGUUCUGAGUCCAUAUGAUAAUCAUGAAAUGACGUUUGUUGAUUAUUUGUCCUGUUUCCGAGCCUAUGGACCACGGAAAUGCCCGUCCCUUACAAUAAUAUAAAAAUCCUUAAUGUUGAAAAUGAAAUGUGCAUGCUCUAACACUUAUAUUUUUGUUACUUGGUAUUAUUACCAACAUAAAUUUAGAUCUUUUGUUUGUUUUUUUCGUCAGACAGCUAACCUGUUAUUAUUCUUUUUGAUAUUUAUUGUUACAAGUUAUUUUAACAUUGCUUAUAUGUGGUUAAUGUUACUUAAUUGUACCUAAUAUUUUUAAUAUAAUUAUUACUUUAU